AUGUCGUUCAAAUUCCCAUCUUUCACCCUCCUGUCACUCCAGGAGUCCUUGCCCAAAGUGGACUUGGAGUCCAUCCAGAAGUCGUUCCAGACCCUGGGCAAGGCAGUGUCCCAGUACUCGGAACACUUAAAGGAGUCCCUUCAGCCAUUGACUGCUAAGACACAGACGUUGAUUCUGAGUCAAUUGCAGCAGGUCCAGCAGUUGGCUUCGGCUAACAGCCACAUCGAGGUGUCGGAAUUGCCUGAGGAGUACUUGACCUUGGAGGCCAAUUGUGACUUGUUGUUGAACUUAUUCACUGAGUUGAUCCACACCACUAACGACACCUACGGUACCAUCAGCUACGAUUAUCCACCAGGAAACUCUGCAAUUAACAAAAUCAAGGAUGCCAAUAUGGGACUGAUGCUCGCCAACAAGUUUAACCAGUUGAAGAACGUGUCGACUCCACAGGAGAUGGAGAAGGUGCUUUUGGGAGGUUCUGAGGAGAAGAAGAGUGAAGACGAUACUGUGUCCGCGGAAGUGAUCACUGCUGAGCUUCCCAAGACGUUGUUUGGUCAUUUCGCUGCAGUCGCAUCGAGAUCCGCCGAUGACUUCGCUAAGUCCAGCGACCCCUUGUCCUUUGCGUUGUUGCAGAUCUCAAGCGCAUACACAGAGAUUGCCACGGCUCGUUUGGACCAGGAUAAGAAGAUCAUGACCAGCUUGAACCAUGAGUUGGUAGCAAUUUUGAACGAGAAGUUCAUUAAGGUCAAUGAGUUGCGUAAACGGGUGUAUUUGGCACGGUCUGAUUUCGAUGUGGCCAGAUCGAAGAGCAGUGAAGACGAGGAGGAGGAAAACGAGGAAUUGAUUGCAAAAGAGGACGAGUUGGUGAGCGCCACGGAGAUUGCUGUAGAGGAGAUGAGAAAGCUCUUGAAACCCUCUCAAAACGUGGAUCUCUUGAAGGUGCUAGUGACCGCACAGAAGGAGUACUUCGAGGCUGGAGCCAAGAAGUUGGCUGGGUUGUUGACUACUUUGGACAAGAUUGAGUUUAAAGAUGACGACGAGUAG